AUGUUUAAUCAUACUGCGACAAGUCCUGAGAAGCUGGGAUGGGUUCCCUCACCAACUAGCAGGGGAACGAUAGAUAUCAUCUGGUCAUGUUCACUUGUUCUAUUCGCUUGCACAUGGACUGUGUUACACACCAAUUUACCCGAAGAAGGAGAGUCCAUCAAGCUCAUCACUCUCCGAAAGAUAAGAUGGGCCAUAUGGGCUCUCUUCUCACCUGAGAUAGUCAUGGUAGGGGCAGCUUAUCAAUGGUCCUCGGCUCGGGCGUCCAUGAAAGAGAUGCAAGCCGAAGGCCACCUGCACUGGAAGAUGGCCCACAGUUUCUUCGCUGACAGCGGUGGGUUCCUACUACGCUGCCCACAUUAUCCUCCUUUUCCCAUCCAGGCUAGAGGUAUCAUGUACCUCGUCUCGCAAAAUCAUAUACCUGUACCAAAGGUUACAAGGAGGGAGAUUCUGGACAGAAGCAAAACAAACAAACUAGGAAAGACUUUGGCUCUCAUGCAGAGCCUUUACCUCGUUUGCCAGGUCGUGGCCCGUUACAUCCAAGGUCUUGAAAUCUCCAGCCUUGAGAUUCUCACACUAUCAUUCCUCAGCUGUACAAUACCAACUUACAUUUUCUGGCUCGAGAAACCACUCGAUUGCGACUUUCCAGUUUAUAUCGACUUGAAUAUUCCGAUCUCCACAAUCCUUGCCGCGGCAGACAUAGCCGAUGAGACAUACAGAUGUACGCCGCUGGAUUUCGUCGAAGGAACGAGUUUGAGGGCUUGGAAUCGCCGACAGUGUUUCAAUAACGCGUUCGGCCUCAAACAACAGCCGCUUAGGAGAGUUCCGAAUGACUCCGUGCCAGUCGCCGGUCCCUGCUUGGCAUUGAUAGUUUGGCUAUUCACCCUUCUACACGCGGCUAUACAGGUCUCGGCGUGGAACAUCGAGGUCCCAACCGAAGCAGAAAAUAUUCUUUGGAGAACGUUUUCUAUUUCAAUCCUUCUCGAAGUCUUUUUCUGGGGUAUUAUAGACAUGAUAUCGAUUUGGCCGGGAUUUAACUACACGAUUACCCUUUUUUGGAUAUGGGAAAAACGUACAACUAGGACAGAUUCAUUCUGGCAUCGGUGGGCUCUGAAUGGGCUAUCUAUGGCGGGGACUUUGGUUUACUUUGCGGCGAAGUUGGGCUUGAUUGUCUUGAGCCUAACAACAUUGCGACAGAUGCCUCAGUCGGUAUAUAACACUGUCCGGUGGACUAGUUUCUUACCACAUUGGUAG